CCUAGGCCAAGUCUUCUUUGCAAACACUACCACCACCACCAGCUCCCACUAACCCAAAGAGAUUAAUUUCAGUCAACGGAGGACCCCGCUGAGCGACUGCCAUGGAGAUGAAGAUGGCCGUCGGCGCGGCCAACUGGCUCGUCGGUAAGGUGCUCACCAAGCUGUUCGACCCGCUGGUGUCCACCUACAUGGCCAGCUCUGAGCUCGGCAGCAACUUCCUGACCGCCAAGAACCAGCUGCAGUACACACAGGGGCUGCUGUCCGCAUCCGUGGGCAGGGACGUGGGCGACGAUCCUGGCCUGCGCGGACUGCUGGGGACGCUGAGCAAAAAGGCCGACGAGGCUGAAGACGUGCUCGAUGAGCUCCACUACUUCAUGAUCCAGGACGAGGUCGAUGGCACCAAGGAGGCUGCUGCGGAGGUGGGCGGCGGCAUCCAGGGCCAUUCGGUCCAUGGACGCCAUGUUGCUCGCUACACCCUCGGCAACUGCCUUCCGUGCUUUUCAUCUCCGCGCACUCUAGCUGAUGGUCCUCCUCCUGCAGUUGCUGCUGCGGAGGUGGGCGGCAGCAGCCAUGUUUCUCGCUACACCCUCGGUAACUGCCUCCCGUGCUUCUCAUCACCGCGCACUCAAGGUGAUGAUCCUCCUCCAGCAGUUGUUGUUGCUGCUGCUACCAGUAGUGAAGACAUGCCUGGUGCUAGUAAUGAUGAUGGCGAUGUUGAUAUUAAGUUUCCAUUCAACAGAGUAGCCAUGUCCAAGAAAAUCAAGUCCGUAAUAGAGGAGAUGAACUCCAUAUGCAUACUUGUCUCUGACCUGCUCAAAACUGCAAACCACAACAGCACUCCAUUAAGCACACAUGUCACCAUUGAAAGGCCUCCCACUGGUUCAAUAGUUCCACAACACAGAAAACUGUAUGGAAGGAAUGACAUUUUUGAGCAAACUGUAAAUGCACUCACCAGUGGCACACACCGUGAUAAAAUCCUCUCUGUCCUGCCUUUCGUUGGCCCUGGGGGCAUCGGAAAGACCACCUUCACACAGCACCUGUAUAAUGAUGAAAAGAUCAAGGGGCACUUCCCUGUCAGGGUCUGGGUAUGUGUCUCAACUAAUUUUGAUGUGAUUAGGCUCACACGCGAGAUACUUGGCUGCAUAUCUGGAAUUAAUGCCAGCACAUAUGAAACAACAAACUUAGACCAACUUCAAAGAGCCAUUGCAGAGAAACUGGACUCCAAAAGGUUCUUAAUUGUGUUGGAUGAUGUGUGGACAUGCAAGAGUGAGCGCGAUUGGGGAAACCUAUUAGCCCCAUUCACAAUGGGGGAAACCAAGGGCAGCAUGGUUCUUGUCACAACUCGAUUGCCAUCUGUAGCACAGAUGGUCAAAACAACUGAUCCAGUUGAACUGCAUGGUUUAAAGCCUGAUGAAUUCUUUGCACUGUUCGAAGCAUGUAUAUUUGGUCAAAACAAACCUAGGCUUUAUGAUGAUGACUUAGUUAAUGUUGCAAGAGAUAUUGCAAAGAAACUGAAGGGUUCACCGCUGGCAGCAAAUACAGUUGGUCGGUUGUUGAAGAAAAAUAUCUCUUGGGAAUGUUGGAUGGGAAUUCUUGAAAAUAAUGAAUGGCACAGUGCAAAAUAUGAUGAUGAUAUUUUGCCAUCUCUGCAAAUCAGCUAUAAUUACCUUCCUUUCCAUCUACAGAAAUGCUUUUUCUAUUAUGCCCUCUUCCCAGAAGAUUACAAGUUUUAUGAUUUAGAAAAAAAUACUAAUUUCUGGAUCGCAAUGGGUAUUGUAGACUCGAAUAGCCAAACUGAUAAGAAUUACUUAGACGAACUAGUGGAAAAUGGUUUUCUCAUAAAAAACCGUGAUUGGGAUGGUGACUACUAUGUGAUGCAUGAUUUAUUGCAUGAACUGUCUCGGAAUGUUUCAUCACAAGAGUGUCUGAAUAUAAGUAGUUUAAGUUUCAGAGUCAAUGACAUCCCACAAUCUAUUCGGCACUUAUCAAUCACCGUAGAUGAUAAAUAUGUUGAAAGUUUUGGAGAAGAAAUAGGUAAAUUGAAGAGUGUAAUAGACUUUGGAAAUCUGCGUACUUUGAUGAUUUUUGGACAUGAUUCAAAAAUAUGUAAGGCUCUGCAAGAUGCAUUUGAAUGUAUAAAGAGUCUCCGUGUUCUAUUUAUACCUAGCUUACCAGAAGAUUUGCCAAAGAGCUUUUCAAAUCUUAUCCACCUCCAAUACCUUAAACUCACGCAACCUCAUGGGAUGUAUUAUCAUCGUUCACCUAGAACAUUACCAAGAUUUUACCACUUGAAAUUCUUGGACGUCUAUAGUUGGCACAUUAUUAUAAAUUUUUUCCCUAAAAGCAUUAGCCGCCUCGUGAGUUUACACCAUAUUUAUUCUUCCAAAGAAUUCCAUUCCAGCAUCCCUGAGAUCGGAAAGAUGAAGUGGUUACAAGAGCUAAGAGAAUUUCAUGUUAAGAAGGAAAAUGUUGGAUUUGAAUUGAGCCAGCUGGGGGAAUUGACAGGGCUUGGACAGCUUGCUAUAUGCAAUCUUGAAACCGUGGCAUCUAAAAAAGAAGCUAAUGAUGCUAAAUUGAAGGAUAAAAGAAAUCUGAAAGAAUUGGCAUUAGUUUGGGGUGCAGGGCAACAUAUUACAGAUGGUGAUAUUCUCGAGGGUCUUCAACCACCCCCAAAUCUUAGAGAGCUUGGCAUUAAAAAUUAUGGUUUUGCCGUUGGUCCUAGCUGGUUGUGCAGUGACAUUAGCAUAAAAAGGCUGGAGUCUCUACAUCUGAAGGGUAUAUCUUGGGACACUCUUCCACCUUUUGAACAGUUACCACACCUCACCAACCUCAAACUGAAUAAUAUUGCUGGGAUGCGUGUGUUUGGGCCUGGAUUUGGUGGUCUUACAGAGAGAAGUUUUAUGCACCUGAAGACAGUUAUCAUUGUGAAAAUGCGAGAACUUGAGGAAUGGGUUGGGGGACCCAACAGCCCUUUGUUUUCAAGGCUUGAAAGCAUUGUAUGCAAAUAUUGCCCCCUUCUGUCCUCGUUUUCCUUCUUGGAGUGCUGUACCAAACUUUGUCAACUUUAUAUUUCUAACUGCCCAAAGUUGUCUCAGUUGCCCCCUCUGCCUCAUACUUCUACACUAACAUACUUUUCGGUGAACGAAGGGUAUUACAGAGGUUUGAUGUAUGAUGGAAAGCGUUUGUCUGCUCAAAAUUAUAAAGGUGCUUUGGCCUUCGAAAAUAUGGAUAAAGUAGAGGCUAUAAAAAUUACUAAGUUACCACACGUCUCAUUGUCAAUAUCAGACCUCCAAAAGAUGAAGUCCCUGAGAAAACUAGCUGCCACAGGUUGCCGUAGAAUGUUCUCUGCAGAAUGGUUCAAUCCAGUCGUCGUCGAGGAAUUGGCAGCCCAUGACAAGUCUUUGGACGAAGAAAGUAUCUCUGCAGCAGCAGGUCUGAUCCCAGAGGUGGCAAUGAGCAAAUCUUUGCACCCAGGUUCAUUCCAACUGGAAGAAAUGGAGGUAGAGGGCAUCUCGGCAGUGCUUAUUGCUCCCAUUUGCAGACGCCUUGCUGCUACUCUUCACACAUUAAGGUUCUGUAAUGAUCAGGUGACUGAAACUAUCACGGAAGAGCAAGAGCAAGCGCUUAAUCUUCUCACCUCCCUCCAAAGUCUAUAUUUUGCAGGCUGCAGACUGCGGUCUCUCCCUCGGCUAUAUGGCCUUUCUUCUCUCGAGGUAUUUUCGAUCAGAAACUGUAAUGAAAUCCAGUCACUGCCGUCCAAGGAGGACCUCCCCGCUUCACUGCUGGUACUAAACGUAGAUGGCUGCAGUCGUGAGAUAAAAGAGCAAGCCGAGAAAUUUAAAGAAGCAAACCCUUGUUUAUCUGUUCAGGUUUGAGCUCAACCACUUCCGAAGGUUCCACGGCAUGAUAUUGUGCAGAUCAGUUUUGCUGGCGGGGCAUUCAUGGAUGGAAGCACAAGUGUGCUAUCAUGUGAUGGAGAUCCAUAUGUUGUCCUCUGUCAGGUCGGUUACUUGUACUAAAAUGCACAACAGAGCAUGCUGAGAAAUUAAAAGAAUCAAACCCUUGUUUAUCUGUUGAGAGCAGGCUAUCGAAGGCGUUGUACAACAAACUGCAUGAGGGUCACAGAUGUAUUUCAAGUCGGCAUCCGCAGAACUACUAGAAGACGGCAAGUUGUUCCUUGUCUUGGAUAACCGUCUGAGAUCCAGAGCUACCCAAGCCGUUGUAGCUCGCAGCAGAUGGUGGCCUUGACUGGGAUGCGCUUGCACAUACCGUCAGACCGGAGACUGGAUGCGCGCUCAUAAAGAGGUCGUGUAGUUACCUGGGCAUACCUGAUACUCGUAGAGCCAUCGAUUCGAUCA